AUGAGUUUAUUAAGUGAAUUAUUAAAACGGAAGGAUAAACUGAAAAGGACAGAGACUCUUGUAACAUGUAUUGAUGGAAGACAGUAUGUGGAAAGUGGUGAAGAUAAAAGGGUAGUUAAUGUGAAUUGUUAUGGAUAUGUUGUUGACACUAAGCCAGAUGAUAUACCAGUACUUAUAACAGACAAAGUGUACAUCGGCUCACAGGAUUGUGCUGCAGAUGAAAUAUUACUGAAUUUUAACAUACAGCAUGUAUUAAGCCUAGGUGUUAAUGUAAAUGUUUCUGUUGAUAAUAAGUUUGUAGAUAUUUUAGACUUGCCAGAAACAAAUAUAUGUGAUUUUUUAAAUGAAUGUCUGGAGUAUGUCAGAGAAGCUGUUAUUGGUAAUGAAAAUAUUUUGAUUCAUUGUAACGCUGGAGUUUCUCGGACGGCUACUAUUGCUAUUGCGUAUCUGAUGCAGUAUCAUGAAAUGGAGUAUGAAGAAGCCUUUACAUUGGUGAAGAGCAGACGUGCAUCGAUAAAACCUAAUCUUGGUUUUAAGAACCAAUUAAUGAAGUUGAAACCUGGUGAAAUUAUUUAGAUGAACGACUUGUCUUGAUUGUAUAGGGAAUUGGCACAGUAUAUAUAUACGCUAUAGCAGUAUGGAGACUAAGUAUAAACGUUCGAAACGACGCACGCACACAGACGCAUGUCUCAAAAAGGUCAAAAGGCGCACAUCGCAGUGUGCGUGUGUUAUAUCUAACGUUUGUACGUAGUUUCCAUACUGCUUUAGCAGAUAUAUAUACUGUGGAAAUAGUGAUAAGAAUAAAUAUCAGUGUAUUAAUAAUAUUUCAAUGUGCUUCUCUGAAAUGUCCGAAGAGGAUCUGAUCUUAAUAUAUACAUUUCUUAUG